UUCUUCAGACAGCUCAUAUUUAAAUAUAUAUGACGAGAUUCAAAUAAUUCCAUCGGGACGAGGUGGAACUUGCAUUCUUCACAAUGAUUAUAAGUUCACUUUGCAUAUCACAAACAAUGAUGGAAUUUGCUAUUAUCGUUGCAAAGCUCACAAGAAGAAGAAAUGUCAAGCUCGAUUGAAAUAUGAUGAAAGCAACGGAAUCGCAAUUCUAUUGAAAGAUCACGAUCACAGUCCUGAAGCUGGAAUUGACCCUGACUCAUUUGUCGGCACCGACAUCACUGAUGACAUCGAAAUGGUCACAAAUAACAAAGGAAGCACAGUUGUCUUCUAUAAUGGCUUCAAAUAUUUGAAAUCUGGAGAAAGCAAAACUUCUCUUCAAUAUCGAUGCGUUUUAUACAUGAAAAAAUGUCGUUCACGAAUUAUUUUUAAUCGUGAAAAUAAAACGGCAAUGAAGAAUGAAAUUGGACAUAAUCAUGACGUCGAUCCACAUUCCUAUGACAGUUUCAUGAGUUCAGCUGUUGAAACACAACGUUUUGUCAAGAACGUAACUGGAAUGAAAAGAAAAUCGAAAAUGAUCACUUGCGUUAGUGCUACCGAGAAAUAAAAUUGAAAUUGUUCUUUUUUAAAAAUUAAUCAAUAAAAUGACUUGACAUAA